AUGGGCGAUCCCUACCGUAUAUACUACACUCCCACUGGCACUGACAGAGGCAGUGUUGGAAGGCCAACCUUUCCUGGUUACUUGUCGUCUGAAACACCCUCAUUGCUAUUCGAUCCUACUCUUCCCUCUACUGAGCCUCCGAGUUAUUCGUCUGAUUUUUUGCAGAGAGAUAUAAGAUCAUUGACCCCUGGGGCCUAUGCUGUGGAUGAUACUGGGGGCAUUCGAUUUCGACCUGAACCUAUUCUUGGUGUAGCAGCAUCAGCAGGAGCUAGCAUAAAGGGCUAUCCAUCUCCUUUGGAAGUUCCAAGUUUGCUAAGCCAGAGACAGGAUGCUGCUGCAGUUAGCAUUAGUGCAAGUGUUCCUGCUGACAUAAGUAAAGAAAGGCCUCCUGGCUCUUUGAGCAAUGUUGAUGGUCCUCCAGUUCUGAAAGGGGAAUCAAACGUUUUGUUUGUUGAUGGACUUCCCACCGACUGUACCCGAAGAGAAGUAGGCCAUAUAUUCCGUCCGUUUAUUGGGUUUAAAGAAAUCAAAGUUGUUCACAAGGAGCCUAGACGUAGUGGAGAUAAGGCUAUGGUUUUGUGCUUUGUGGAGUUUGCUGAUCCAAAGUGUGCUUUGACUGCUAUGGAAGCUCUUCAAGGUUACAAGUUUGAUAUCAAGAAACCCGAUUCUUCUGCAUUAAGGAUCCAAUUUGCACAUUUCCCUUUUCGUCUACCAGCCGAUGGCAAUGAACAACGAAUUGGAAUCCCACGUUUUGAAAUGGGCAAGCCAUUCGCUAAAAUUGCUGCAUUGUUUGUUGACUGGGGGAGAGGGGUCUACACAGUGCAGCUUAACUCAAGUUUAGGACAAUGGCACAGGAAUGCCGAAAUAUGUGGCUGGCUGGAGCCUCUUUCAUGA